GCGCGGGCGCGGCGGGCCGGGCUGGGGCCAGGGGCGCCGGGACCCAAGCUUCCCACGAGAGGAACCCAGGAUGCAGAGAGGGGCAGAGCCAUGGCGUUGGGCACUGGAGCCCUCAAGUGCUGGGUCCCAUGACUUCCAUCCAGAUCCUGUCCAAGAAGAGGCCGGCACCUCGAAGCUGGGAAUGAGGCGCUCUGUCCUUGUCCGGAACCCAGGCCACAAAGGCUCAAGGGCCGUUUAUGAAGAGCUCGACUCUGACUCCGAGGACCUGGACCCCAACCGCAAAGACCUGGACCUAGUUUCUGAAGACCCAGAGCCUGACCCAGAAGACCUCAACACUGUCUCCGAAGACGUGGCCCCCAGCUACGGAGAUCUUGAGCCUGUCUCGGAGGAGCUGGACCCAGAUGCCGAAGCUCCGGGCUCCAUCUUGGAGAACCGUGACUCGGAGCCCCAAGAUCUCGACCCCACGUCUUCGAGUUUCGACCUCGAUCCUGACGUCAUCGGCCCCGUCCCUCUGGUUCUCGACCCGAACAGCGACACCCCCGACCUGGACCCCCUCUCUUCCAGCCUCACUGCCACCCCUGAGGUCCUGCCCACGAGUCCCGCGGUGCUCCCGGCCCCUGCCAGCCCGCCACGGCCCUUCUCCUGCCCCGAUUGCGGGCGCGCCUUCCGCCGCAGCUCCGGGCUGAGCCAGCACCGCCGCACCCACAGCGGCGAGAAGCCCUACCGCUGCCCCGACUGCGGCAAGUCCUUCAGCCACGGCGCCACGCUGGCCCAGCACCGCGGCAUCCACACGGGCGCGCGGCCCUACCAGUGCGCGGCCUGCGGGAAGGCCUUCGGCUGGCGCUCCACGCUGCUCAAGCACCGCAGCAGCCACAGCGGCGAGAAGCCGCACCACUGCCCCGUGUGCGGCAAGGCCUUCGGCCACGGCUCGCUGCUGGCGCAGCACCUGCGCACGCACGGCGGCCCGCGGCCCCACAAGUGCCCCGUGUGCGCUAAGGGCUUCGGCCAGGGCUCGGCGCUGCUCAAGCACCUUCGCACGCACACGGGCGAGCGGCCCUACCCGUGCCCACAGUGCGGCAAGGCGUUCGGGCAGAGCUCGGCGCUGCUGCAGCACCAGCGCACGCACACGGCCGAGCGCCCCUACCGCUGCCCGCACUGCGGCAAGGCCUUUGGCCAGAGCUCCAACCUGCAGCACCACCUACGCAUCCACACGGGCGAGCGACCCUACGCCUGCCCGCACUGCUCCAAGGCCUUCGGGCAGAGCUCUGCGCUGCUGCAGCACCUGCACGUGCACUCUGGCGAGCGCCCCUACCGCUGCCAGCUCUGCGGUAAGGCCUUCGGCCAGGCCUCCAGCCUCACCAAGCACAAGCGCGUGCACGAGGGCGCCGCGGCGGCGGCAGCAGCGGCGGCUGCAGCGGCAGCAGCUGCCGCCGGCCUAGGCCUGAGCCCUGUGCCCAUGUUGAGGCCCAGUCAGGUCUCCCUCCUGGGUCCCAACGCUGCCUCCGUGCUCGCCUCUGGCCUCGGCCUUAGCGCUGGUCCCAGCUCUGGCCUUGGCCCUGACGCUGGCUCUGCACUUGGCUCCCUUCCCAAUCCCAGCCACAAACCAAGCCCUGACUCCGGAUCCUCCCCCAGCCGGGAGUCUGUCAGAUCUUCUGACCCUAAGCCUGGUCACGACUCCGAUCCUGACCUUGUGCCCAACCCUGAGUCCCACCCUGACCCCAACUCUCCUACCCAUGACACUGUCAGCCCAGCCCUCCCUGCCGGGGAGAGUCCUGAGUGGGCGCAGGAGCAGGGGGCACUACUGGGGCCAGAUGGCUGAAGGGGACACCGGCAUCUGGGGCCUGGGGAAGUUGUGUGUGUGCAGUUAGUAAAAUCCUCCCACUGCCUACUG